ACCCGUAGUUUCAACCUUAAUUGCCUGACCUCCAAAACUUCUCCUCGCUCUUUGCUAAUUUACCACCAUCAUGCCCUCCAUUAAUGUGAUCAUCAUCACUCUCGUUCUAAUCUUAUUCUCUUCUAUAAUUUUACCUUCCGCCUUGAUUUUCUGUCAAACGCCGCCUAAAUGCGCGGGCCGUCAAGGCCAGUGGGAGCUUUUGCAUUCAUCCCUUGGCAUAUCUGCCAUGCACAUGCAACUCCUACACAACAACAAAGUCAUCAUGUUCGAUCGGACCGAUUUCGGCUCGUCUAACCUCUCACUCCCCAACGGUCGUUGCCGACGUGACACCAACGACACUGCACUCAAGGUUGACUGCACCGCUCACUCUAUCCUGUACGAUAUUGAUACCAAUACUUUCCGAGCUCUCAUGGUGCACACUGACACUUGGUGCUCUUCUGGGGCUGUUCUUCCCGACGGUACCCUCAUCCAAACAGGCGGCUACAACGAUGGCGACCAUGUUAUUCGCUCUUUCACCCCAUGCACGGACGAAAACUGUGAUUGGAUCGAGUUUCCACACUACUUGACUGAAAGGAGAUGGUAUGCAACUAAUCAAAUAUUGCCGGAUGGUCGAAUAAUCAUUGUUGGAGGGAGAAGACAAUUCAACUAUGAAUUUUACCCUCGACUCCAAGAAGAUUCUUCUCCAUCACCGGGAACUUUUCGGUUUCAUUUUCUAGUUGAAACAACGGACCAAUAUGAAAACAAUCUGUACCCAUUUUUGAACCUUUUGCCGAGCGGAAACUUGUUCAUUUUCGCCAAUACACGAUCGGUAUUAUUCGACUACAAACAAAACCGUGUGGUGAAAGAGUUCCCUCAAAUCCCCGGCGGUGAUCCUCGUAACUAUCCGAGCUCGGGCUCGUCGGUCUUGCUUCCUUUGGACGAAAACGAAGGCAAUGUAGUUGAAAUCCUGCUUUGUGGGGGUGCACCGCGAGAUGGGUUCUCGCAUGCAUCGCGUAGGAGUUUCGCGCGUGCUCUGUCCAGCUGCGGCCGACUUAAUGUCAGCCAGGAAGACCCUAACUGGGUCAUGGAGGACAUGCCAAUGGCACGAGUGAUGAAUGACAUGCUGCUCCUUCCUACCGGAGACGUCCUUAUAAUCAACGGAGCAGAGCUUGGCACUGCCGGAUGGGAAAAUGGCGCCGACCCAGCGAAAGCGCCGAUUGUUUACCGCCCUUCCGAGGCCUCCAACUGGCGGUUCUCAGUGAUGAACUCUUCGCAGAGACCAAGACUGUACCAUUCCUCGGCAGUUCUUCUUCCCGACGGACGAGUUCUAGUCGGCGGUAGUAAUCCACACGUAUACUAUAACUUCACUGGAGUCGAGUUCCCGACUGAUCUAAGCCUGGAAGCAUUUUCGCCACCAUACUUGGCGGCAGGGUACACGCCGGUGAGGCCGACAAUCCUGACUUCCCUAAACGAGGUUUUAGGCUACGGGGACAAUUUCUCGGUGAAGUUCACGGUGCCGGAUUAUUUGACGGAUAAGGUUUUGUCUGUAAGGAUUAUUGCUCCAUCCUUCACAACACAUUCAUUCUCAAUGAAUCAGAGAAUGGUGGUACUGAAGUUGAUGGAAGUUUGUCGCUUGACAUCCGAUACGUACGAUGUGACCGUGAUGGGGCCAUCAACGGCUGAGAUUGCACCACCGGGUUACUACAUGUUGUUUGUGGUGCAUGCUGGGAUACCAAGCUCUGGUACAUGGGUGAAGGUGCAGAGUCUGGCGGAGGAAGGUGUUUGAUAUAAAUUAUUUUGGUUGGACUUUAGUUUAAUUUGUUUUAGUAUCAAAAUGCUUAGACGUGCAGCUAAGCUGCUAGCAUGCUUUGGACUCCUCUGCCAAAAAUAUAAGCAAAACUCUCCUUAAUUUAAAAGGAAUUAAAAUAUAUAUAUAUUAUAAAUGAACAGUCAAAACAUAGCUAGUGCUACCAAAGGUACCAAAGCUAUGUGGCCUUAUUGAUAUAAUUCCUAAGCCUCCAAAAUGGAGGUUUUAGGUUCGAAAUUUCUCUGCCCAAAUAUAUCAAAAGAAUAAUAAAAAAACACAGUUAGUGCUUGGACAAUAUUAAUGUAAAUACUAUUUUGAUAAUUUCAGA